CUCUACGUUUAAUUGUCAGUAAUUCUCUUUAUAUUGGAAGAUGCGUAUUUGCUAUUAUGAAUUACUCGGCGUUGAUCGUCAAGCAAGCAGUCUAGAUAUCAAAAAAGCAUACAGACAACAGGCGCUUAUUUGGCAUCCAGACAAGAAUAGUGACAGAAUAGAAGAAGCAAAUGAACGUUUUGCCCUAAUUCAAGAGGCAUAUGAGGUCUUAUCCGAUUCUCAUGAAAGAUCUUGGUACGACGGCCAUAGAGAUGCCAUUUUGAGAGGCAAAGACGUUGGACAACGAGACAGUAGUACCGGUAUGAACUCUGACGAUUUGAUGCGAUAUUUCAGUGCAUCCGAAUUCAGCGGAUAUAAUGAUACACACAAGGGAUUCUAUAAUGUAUAUCGCAGUCUUUUCCAAAAAUUAGCAGAGGAAGAAGAAGAAGCAUUACGAAACAAUCCUAAUACCGAUGACACUCAUCAUGAUGUUCAUGCAGCUGCUUCGUAUCCAUCUUUUGGCGAUGCUGAUACACUUUACACAUCAGAUAAACGAGACAGCAGCAACAACGAAAUAUAUGUCAAGGAUUUCUACAGUGCGUGGACAAGUUUUAAUUCAGUAAAGUCAUUUUGUUGGAUGGAUAAAUGGCGAUUGUCUGAUGCACCGACGCGGCAAGUUCGAAGACAAAUGGAGAAAGAAAACAAAAAGCUGAGAGAAGGAGCUAGAAAAGAUUAUAAUAAAACAGUGAGGAAUCUCGUCGAAUUUGUACGUAAGCGUGAUCCAAGAUUGAAAGCAUAUCAAGAAGAAGAGCAAAAGAGGAAAGAGACUGCUGCUGCAGAACAAAAAGCUAGAGCGCAACAGGAAAAGAAGAAAAUGCAAGCUAAGAUUUCGGAAUACAAAGUCCCAGAAUGGGCGCAAGUCGAAGAGGAAUUUGAAGAAUUAGGGCUUGAAGAUGAUUAUUAUGAUGAGGCAGAGGAAGUGAAUCAAUUCUACUGUGUUGCCUGCGACAAGGAGUACAAAAGUGAGAAGCAGUUCAAGAAUCAUGAAAAUAGCAAACGGCAUUUAGAUAAUGUAGAAAUUUUACGGCAGGAAAUGUUAGCUGACGAAGAAGACUUUAACUUUUCCAGUGAGCUGAAUCCAUCCGCCUAAACAAAGCCUGUAUAUAAAAUAAGUUUUUUAGAUUGUAACUAUACCUUCAGUAAUGUAUCGUUUUUGUUAAUCCUCAAUUUCAAACGCCGCAGCUUCAGUUAGCCAAAUCCACUGUACAUUGCGGAAGGAGAUAAAAGGAAUUAGAUGCGUUUUGCAAUUGAAGUGCGUCUCUCAAAAAUGACAGUGAACGAG